AUGAUAAGAGCUAUUUACGGAGAACUCGGGCAGCAAAAAGGAGCCAAUGGGAAAAUUUCAAUCAUAGGUGGAUGUCUUGAGUACACAGGAGCUCCUUAUUAUGCAGGAGCUUCGUGCUUGAGAGCGGGAGCUGAUCUUGCACAUGUUUUCUGUACUUAUAAUGCUGGAAUUCCGAUUAAAUGCUACUCUCCGGAACUCAUAGUCCAUCCAGUCCUAAAAGCUGCAAACGAAAACCCAGAGCUUUCUGACAAAAGUGUGUGGCCUAAAGCCCUACUCCCCCCUCCGUGAGUGAACAAAACCAUUAGAAAAAUCCCCUAUUUUUUGCCCAAAACCCAUCCUCCGUGAUCGAACAAAAAUUUUUUUAAAAGAAAAAUUUUUUGUGGAAAAAAAAUUGUAUAUAUAACUGAUAAUUAGUAUUAUGAAAUCUCUACCUAAUUCUGUUUUAAUUUUAAACAAAUUGCGUCUUAAAACAUAAAUUUUACAAAUUAAAUUAAUGUCCACUUUCCAAUUUUUGAGAAGUGGGAUUUUUUUAAAUUUCGAAAAAAAAAUUAACCCUCAUCCAUGAGCGAACUAGAUUUUUUUGUUGCUCACGGAGGGGGGAGUUAGAAGAAAUCUAUGGAGAAGUGUCUAGAUGGUAUCCUUCAAUGCAUGCAUUUAUUGUAGGCUGUGGAUUAGGAAAAGAUGAAUUUUUAGCAGAUCAUCUCGCACCAAGACUCCUGACUCUUGCAAAAGAGCAAGGAAAAAUCAUUGUAGCUGAUGCUGAUGCGAUCACAAUUCUGUGCAAAAAUAUUGAUAUUUUAGCAGGAUAUCAAUCGGCAGUGAUAUAGGGAUUUGCCCUAGGAUGGCGCUAUAUGGCGCCAUCCUAGGGCAAGCGAAAAUUGGCUCCACACGGGAACCGUAUUCCACGUGUGGAGCCAUUUUUCCACGUGUGGAAUCCACAUUUUUCCACGUGUGGAAUCCACAUUUUCCCACGUGGAAAAAUGGCUCCACACGUGGAACACAAUUCCGUGUGGAGCCGUGUCUCCAAUUGCCCGAGGAUGGCGCAAUAUAGCGCCAUCCUCGGCAAUUUCUAUAACACCAAACCCGAACGAGUUCAAACGACUGUGGGACGCUUAUAUCAAUGAGCCUUUGCCGAAUCAAGAAUACAGAUGCUUAGAAAGAGAAAUAACAGAACUUCCAGCUAGCGAUCCAAUGGUAUCAAGCAGUGUAAGGCUUGCAAGAAGACUUGGAAAUAUCAUCUUCCAGAAAGGACAAAUCGACAUAAUCACAAACGGUGAAAAAGUUGUAUGCGUAAGCACUCCAGGAAGCCGAAAAAGAUGUGGAGGACAAGGUGAUAUUUUAGCUGGAAUCAUAGCUACUUUAAGCCACAACGCGACAAGAAACUCUUUAGAAAUGAUUGAUGGAGUUGUCGCAGCUAGUAUGCUUAUGAAGAGAUGCGCUUAUGUUGCUUUCUGCAAAAGAGGAAGAUCGCUAACAGCACCAGAUAUUAUAAAAGUGCUGCCAGAAGUUGUAGCGGAAGCACUGUCUUUAGAUCCUAGCUUAUAA